AUGAACUUGUUCACUGCGCGCGACGAUCCCUCCGCGCCUAAACAUUACAUACACAUCGUGGAACCGCAACCCGAGGACUGCGAGGCCUCCGCGCUGCCGCCAGAAGGCAACGUCAAGCUGAGGAACUAUCGUCUAUUGUCUGAGAACAUACGCGCCUACACUCCUACAGGGGACGUACACACGUCCCCUAGUAAAGGAAAACUAGUCUCACGUUUCGACAUUUGCUCCACAAUCUCCCCUCCGCGAGCCAAGAUCCUCGAGUUACUCAGACCCGGGGACCCUGGACACGAUGCGCUCGAAGCCAUCGUCAGGCCUGCACCACGUCGGGGAUUGACCAGGCCGUUUGACGAAGAUACCCGACGGUUUCUGCAGCGGGCUAUACAGUCUCCCAGCCCUAACCUGUCUACUACCUCCACACCAGAACCUAGGCAAAAGUCGCCUGAAUCGUCACAGCAAUUGACUGAACCGGAAACAGUGCGAGUGGCAGAGGACGAGUCUAGUCUUAAACCAAAGAAUCCAAACGCAGAACUGUCGUUAGCAGACGAGUUGAAGGAAGCGGAGGAGGAGGAACGGGGAGGAAUCCGACGGGAACUGUUACGAGAGUGGCGAAAACGUGGAGCACGGGAUGCAAUGGAACGGGAACGAUUAGGCCGUUUGGCUCUGAGCGUGGAAGAAGACGAGUCGGAGGAGUGCGGGUUGAGCGCCACUGCGCGCCGCCUGGACGCACUGCUCGCCGAGUCGCGCGACCUGCACGACGAGCUGGCCGAGAUCCACGAAGACCUCCAGGCGCAAACAGCACGCGCACGCCGUUGCGCGCUGGCGGCGCGUGCGCUUAGCUCGGAGGCUCAAGCGCUACACUAUCUCGAUGACGUCGUGGCGCUGUUACGUGGUGACGUCACUAAUGCCGCCACUGCCAGGCGGUGGCCCUUCGCGCUGGGCUCCAGACAGCCUGGAAGGAACUAUAUAAUAUGA